AUGUCCUGGCCCAAUUUUUGCCAUGAGGAAAGGGCCAUAUGGCAGGAACUGGUGGACAUCUUACAGGUGCAUAUCAACAGUGCGGGGAUAACCGCUGAUCAGUUUAAGGUCAUGGACCGCGAAGCUGUGAACUGCUUCCAAGAGAGCGGUUCUAACAUGGCAGAGAUUCUGGUGCGCAUGUACUUGACCAACAUCACGCACCAGUUUGACAGAAACCUGACCCUGCAAUGUGCUACCAUUCUACAGGCGGGAGUUCCGUUUGAGGACCGCAAGAAUUCCAUCAUUAACACUAGACUACUGGCUAUCAAUGUCUACGACAGGGAGGAUAGACAAGAUGGUCAAACUACAAGCGAUGGCAACCUCGGGAAUGGAGAGGAUUUCACUGAUGAAGAUUCAACUGACCAUCGGGUCAGUCUAGCGAUCGCCUUGGCUGUUGUUGGUGGCUGUUGCUGUAUUGGAUUAAUCAUUCUACAGGUUGUUGUGCGACGCCGAAACAAAGACAGCAGUGGUAGCCCCUUGCCUUCAGUCAACAGCAGUUAUACUCACAGCAGUUCAGAUUCUAUCCAGCUGGCCUCGGUGAUCAAGUCACGGCCUAACAGCGGGCUAGUCAACCCAGGCUUGGAUAUUCUCGAGCCACCGGAUCCGUCACAUCCGAUGAAUUUUAUGCAACUGUCCAACUUCUGCAUGGACAUGAGGAAAAUUGAGGAAGAGUACGAGAAACUACCACAAAGAAUGCCACGUCCAUCCAUGGUGCCUGCCGGGGAGGAGGAUAAAAACAGAUAUGCAAACAUUCUGCCUCUUGUGCAUACAAGAGUAAAACUGUUACAAGAUGGCCCUGUUCCAAGAUCGUCAUACAUCAACGCUAACUACGUCACUGGACCAAACAACCAGUGUCAGUAUUACAUUGCCACCCAGGCUCCCACCGAAAAGACCACAAUUGAUUUCUGGACCAUGAGUUUGGCAACAAGGAUGCCAGACUAUUGUCAUGCUUACGGACAUGGAGGAACAGGGGCAGGUAUUUACUGGCCGGAACUUGUUGGGAAAAGUGCAGCUCACAAAUAUGGUGACUUUCUUAUAGAGCUGAUUCGGAAAGAUGUUCAUCAAGAAUACAUCGUCUCUCAACUGGAGAUCAAUAACCAAAGGAAAAUCGAAACCAGACAAAUCGAUCAUUUCUGGUAUACCUGCUGGCCUCCACACGGACUGCCAGAGCCCAUUUCAUUGGUCAAGCUCGUCCUUGAUGUCCGGCCAAAAUAUGAGAGCGGUACCUCACCAUUGGUGGUUCACUGCAGCCCGGGGACUGGUCGGACAUGCACGUUCAUCGCUCUUGAUUUGUGCAUGAAACAGUUUGAAACUAAAAGUAUUGUGGAUGUAAUGAAGACUGUUCAUUCUAUACGUCAGGAACGUGCAGGUGCUAUUCAGAACAAGGAACAGUAUACCCUGUUGUACAAUGCAGUUCAUGAAUACGCUGCUAUAGUCAUGACCCCUGGGAUUUCUGCAACUUCUUCUGCAGCGACUCUCCAGGCGUUGUUGUCAAGCUGA